AAAGAUGAACUUUAUGCAUGUGAGACACAGAGCCCAAGAUUUGGCUCUGAAGUACCCAGUUUUGUAUGCUUUCAACUACCCUUUGACUUACUACUCUGCCUUUGGGUAUAAACCUUUUAAAGGUGUUAAAGAAUCAUUGGAUAAGUACACUGGAAAUGCGAUUAUGAUGCCAAAUUUGACAAAUCCAUCUUCAAAUGUUGAGAUUAGGGCUACAAGGUUUUUGAAUAACUUUGAAAAACUUGCUAAAGGUCAUGAGAAAGUGCAUAUUGUUGCACAUUCGUUCGCUGGCUUUGAUAUCAGAGCAAUGAUUGCUCUAUAUGACCUCCAGCCAAAGAUUGCUUCUCUUUCUACUGUUUGAACUCCACAUAAUGGAUUGACCUUACUUGACAAUUUGACUAAGCAUACAGAAGCAGAGGCUUACUUGUCUGAUGCCCUUCGUCCAUUAGGAUUGAAUCCUUAUAAUGUUGAAGAAUUCAGAGCUGGGACCAUGUACGAAAUGAAUGAAGAAUUAGAGGACUCAGAAACAUAUCAAAUUUACUCAUUCGGCUCAAGGACUUCUCAAGCAAAUGUUGACAAAUUUAUUAGGUUCACAGCUAGUGCAAUUAUGGACCAAGACCCACUUGAUGACAAUGACGGAAUUACACAUCCUAAUGAUUGAAAAUUUAGAGACUAUUUACUUACAUUUGAGGUUUCUCAUUAUGAAUCGGGAGGUCUGAAAGCAGGAUUUGACAUGGAUCUCAUCUUCGGAUCAGUAACUGACAACAUCAAGUUGACUGAAGCUAAAGGAGACGAAAAUAUUGCUAAGAAAUUUGGGCUUUCAUAUCAGGAAAUGUAA